UUCAUUUUUGCUCUCUCUCUCUAGAUCCCAUCUCUUUCUUUUAAUUAUCUCUCAACAAAUUCUUCUCUACAUACCCAUUCAAUGACAACACCUAUAUGUGCUUUUUAAAUUCAAAUCUCUACCAAUCAUCAAACCCACCUCACAAAGACCAUAAUAAACCUAAUCAAUACAAAUAAAGGAAGAACUUUUUUUUUUCUUGUAUACUAGUCAGCAUUUGAAUGCCCUUCUGCAACUUCCAAAAGGGUUGCACCACACACACCAUAGACAAAAAGUGAAAAAGAAAGAAAAUAAAUGUUAUGAAUUCUUUUUCUUCCUAUUUUCUUUCUUUCUCCAUUUUCUUAGAUCACCAGUCCCAGUUUUCUGCUGUUCUGUCUCAAUAGACCCUCUCACCCAAAAAAAAAAAAAAAGAAAAAGAAAAAUCAAAACUUUUAAUUUCUCAAUUGGUAAUGGGCACCCAGACAAUAAUGUGGUGUGGUGGCUUCUUCUUUGUGGUUUCUUUAAGUCUUUGGUCAAGUACAGAGUUGUUUCAUACAAGACUCUCCCUUUUUGCCCUUCUCUCUUCUUCCCCAGCUUUCUCACCUUCUUCCACAUCUCUAUCUCUCUCUUCCUCGCUUGUGUUUGCAAUUCACUGAUCAGAUCCGAUGAAGGAGAUUACUGACUUGGUCGAUCCCAGGAUCAUGUUCAAGCAUCAAUCCCUUUUGCAGGAUUAUCACGAGUUGAGAAAGGGAACAGAGUAUAAGAUGAGGAAACUGGAGGUGAUGAAGCAAAAACGAUCGGCCCUUGAUGCACAAGUUAGGUUCUUGAGACGCAGAUACAAACACUUGAAGCAAGACCAAACUCUUGAAACAUCUCCCGACACGCUGAGAUUGUCCGAAUCUGGAGGAGAUGUGAAGGUAACAACAAGUGGCAAAAGAAAGAAGCACUCUGGUCCAUGGUUUGAUUUGAAGCGCAAGGAUACAGUUUGCAAUGACAAUAAUGCAAGGAGCAGAGGAAACGAGGUUUUAACUCCACUUCCUGAUCUUAACGACAACACUCUGGUGGUCAGCAGCAAAGUCUCGGGCUUUGACCUAAACCUGGUCUCGAGAGAAGAAGAAGAGGAGCCGGAAGGGAAUGGUGAAGCAACAAAGAAAGUAAUGCUUGGUAAUGGAAUCGAUUGCGAGAUGAAGUUGCCGAUUUGCAGAGACGUGGGGAAAGAGAUUAGUAGAGCAGUGAAGAGGAAGGUGUCAUGGCAAGAUCCAGUGGCUCUAAGGGUUUGAGAUUUUUCAAGUGUAUGAAGUAGGAUUGAGAAUAUGAUUUAGCCCAAUAUUUUGCACAUUAUGCUUUAUAUAUGUAUACAAGUAUAGAUGAUGAGUUAGCAAGUCAUAACUAUUCACAUGUUCCAACUCUUGUCUUAGUGACAAUCAGAACUGGUGACAAUUGGUGGUUACAUAAUCUCGUGUAUUGUGUUGUAUGUUCUGUCUUUACUCAUUCUCUUCAUAACUUCAUUCUCUGUUC